UUUAAGAAAAAAAAUAGAAAAAACACGUGUCGAAGGAGAAAAGAAUAGAAAACGAAGAAAAGAGAAAACAAAGGAAACGAUAAAAGAGAAUAAAAAUUAAAAAAAUGGUAUCCUCGGAGUGUCCGUGCGUUUUACCGUACGUUUUACAUGAAAAAUUUGUCGAAGAGAAAUUAAAAAGGUUCGAUAGGUCUUUUUCGCAAUCUAUCGUAUGGAACCAGUUGUUAGGAAAGAAGAGGCUCGUCGGUCUAUUUUCGAGGCUGUCGAUGAGGAAAUUUAUGAUCGGGGACAAAAGAAAAAGAACGGCGGGUACAACGGAAGGAUCGAUAAUCGAUCGAGACGGUCCUUAAGAUUUUUUCGCGAAGGGAGAAGAUACGAAGAGACGAAGAGAUGACGGUACGUCGCGAGGACGGCCAAGGAAUGAGGCAUAGUAGUUCCUGGCCGGAUAGAUCGCAAAGAACCGUAAGGGUUCGUGUAGAUCCUCUUUCACGAGCUUUCACGAUCGUACCAACUAGUAGAUCGUCAGAGGAGGAAGAAGAGAAAUCCAAGAUCUUUGGUAAAUCCUUGACGCAUGACGUGACGAUCAACGAUAAAACUAAGAAAGAAGAAGAAGAAGAAGGAGAAGAAGAGGAAGAAGAAGAAGAAGAAGAAGAAGAAGAAGAAGAAGUAAUAGUAGUAAAGGAGAAGGAAGUAGAAGUAGACAAAGACGAAGACGAAGAUAACGUAAAUCCGAUGGUGAAAAUCGAUCGAAAAUCGAGACCACAUCGUGAAUUUCAAAGGAAGACGUUACAUUCGUCGCUGAGGGCGCUCAAUCGGCACCGACUUUACGUCGAGACGUCGUCUUUAUCCUCGACGAUCUCGACAGCCAGCAGGCGAAGAAGAAGAAGAAGCAAAAGCAGCAUCGAGCUAAAGAUCUUCGACGUGGCUUCGAUCGGUUUAAAGGAUGACGUUAAGGAGAAGAAUGAAGUUACUUUAUUGGCUGAUACGAGCCAGUUGGCAAUAGAACGAAGGGAAGAUGAAAAAGAGAAAGAAAAUGAAGGAAAAAGUGAGAGGGAAAAUAUAAUAGAAAAAAGGGAGACAUCGAAGCCUACGGUGGUGCUGACGCCACAUAUCGAGAUCGUCGACUACGAUCGAAUCGGCGGCACGAGCUCGCAAAGCGAUCGGCAUGCUUGCCCCAAGUGUACUUCGGAAGGACAGCUAAGACUACAGGUCGAUCCUUUCCGAUCGCCGAUUGCAUACGAUGCCUCCAAUGGCUCGAUAAACGGAUCUCAGACACGUCCUCAGAGUAUUCUCAGUAAAAAGAGAAGAGAAAUCGAUAGAUCAAAUCCUCAUGGUAGAAGUACCUGGCCCGAUGGACGUACCACAUCUUUUGCCAGUGGUUAUUUAGCUAAAAGAGAAUUGACCUUAGGGAAGAAAAAAAGAUACGGAUUAUCCUCCGUUAAUCGUCAAACUUGUCGACCAACGUAUGAUCUUUGUAAGGAGGCAACGUUAAGGAGACAUUAUUAUCCUGAAGGUGGUUGGGGAUAUGUCAUCGUCACGUGCUCGAUGCUCGUACAUUUUCUUGGUAUAGGAUUGCAAUUUGCCGCACCCGGAACUUGGCAUAUCAUGGCUCAAAUUAAAUUUCAUCAUCCACCACUUCAUAGCGCAGGAUGGUUAGGUGCUAUGUCCACUGGUGUAGCCUUGCUGGUGUCACCCGUUACUAUAGCCUUUUGUAGAAGAAAAAGCACCAGAGUUACGGCCGUUUUGGGUGGCCUCGUUACGGCACUCGGUUGCCUCUUCACGUCCUUCGCCUCGCAAUUUCAUCAAUUGUUCUUCAGUUAUGGUACCAUGGUGGGAAUAGGUGUGAGUAUGACAAGAGAUUGCAGUACGCUAAUGGUAGCACAAUAUUUCAAACGAAGAAGAGAACUCGUUGAGAUAUUCAUCGUCUCUGGAAGUGGUUUGGGUAUAGCAGUCAUGUCGGCCUUUAUAAAAGGUGCCAUUAGCAAAAUAGGAUGGCGAUUGGGUCUUCAAGCGGUUACCGGUGUCGUUUUUCUCACCUUCAUAUUAGGAACAUUUUAUCGAAGCGCUUCUUUAUAUCAUCCUCAACGUCGAGCAAUAUUACAUUUGAAGAAUCAAAAGAGAAAGAUCAAGGACAAGAAUAAAACGGACGAUAGACCGGCGUUUUUUGAUUUUAGCACCCUCAAAAGUAAAACCGUUAGGAUAUUAUUGGUUUCAACGGGGAUAUCGGCUUUUGGAAUAAACACGCCGAUUUUUUAUCUGGCGCAUCAAGCGGAGGAAGAGGGCCUUGGGGACACCGUUGUCUUGCUUCAAGCUUAUCUCGGAUUGGCUUGGACACUUGGCUGCGUGGCCUUCGGUCUUUUGGUCGUUCAUCGGAACGUCGAGUGCAGAAUUGCAAGGCAGUAUCUCACACAGGCUGCUGUCUUCGUAUGCGGGCUUUGCAUCCUUGCUCUCACUGCUGUUCAAGGAAAUUAUCAUGGAUAUGUUAUGUUCACAUGGAUUUACGGGAUCUUUUGUGGUGGCUAUCAUUACAGUCUGAAAAUGUAUACGUACGAAAGGGUAAGAGCAAGGAAUUUUGCCAGAACUUGGGGCUUCGUUCAAUGCUCUCAGGCGAUACCGAUCGCCAUUGGUGUGCCAAUAUCUGGAUAUAUAAAUGUUGGUUGUGGUGGUAAAGCAGGUUACUACUUUAGCUCGACUUGCGUUUUAGUCGGCAGUUUCACUCUAUUCUUCAUAGAUCUCCAUAGGCGAAAUUUGUCGAAACACAAACAUACCAGAGCAAAUGGUAGCAAGCAUUUAUGUGUUCUUGGUAAUUGUCCUCAACAACGGAGACCGUCCUUUAGUCAGGAACCCGAAAACGAUGGGACACAUGUGGCAGCUGCUGGUGCAGCUGCUGCUGCCCUUGUUCUUGGAGCUGAACUUGGACCAGCACCUGGUGACAUAAUAGACGCAUUAGGAGCAGAGAAGCCCGAACUGACGUGUAUUUCCGAGGAGGGUAUAGCCGAUAUGGAUCUACCAGAUAAUCUUCUCGAUGAUCUCGAUUAUAUCGGUGAUUGUAUAACCUCGUGCAACAAGGUUGAGAACUACCUCAUGCUCUCAGAAUUUGAAAAUAAUCUGAUCGCCGAGAUGCCGAUUAUUAUGGACCGGCGAGGUCGCAGAUGGUCCUUGGCACGAUCCAAGGCCGGUCAAACGACUGUUUGUGGUCAACAAACGAUUGGAACUAAUGCAGUGGCAGGAAACUCAUCGAUUCAGGAGGAAGAUUCGAACGAAACGAACGCCGUCAAGUGGCACCUUGGGAGUCAGCCUACCAACGCUAAUAGUCGAACGAUUACGGUCAUUGACGAAGCGAGUACGUAAUUUCAAGGGCGAAAGGGUUUCUCGCGUUCGACGUUAACAGAAAAAAAAAAGAAAAAAAAAAGAAGAAGAAGAAAAAGAAAGAAAGAAAGAAAGAAAGAAAGAGAUGAAGUAGAAGAAAAAGUUAUCCUGAAAAGGAAAAAGAUAAUUUAGUAAUAACGAGAAAGGAACGAAUUUUUUGUAUGAGACAAUUUCGAUUCGUUGAUGAUGAUGAUGAUGAUGAUGAUGAUGAUGAUGAUGAUAGUGGUGGUGAUGGUGGUCGCGAAAGAAGUAUAAUCUACUCGAGACGAAGAGACAAAGAAAAAUUAAAAAACAAUGAGAAGAAACAACAAUAACAAAAAUGACAAACAUAUAAGAAAAGAGAAAAAAAAGAAGAAUGGUGAUAAUUUUUUUAAACAAAAUCGUAACAAUCCGACCGCGGCACUGCCUUUCCGAUGUAAACAUACGAUAAAUCGAUGAUUUUUUCUCCUCUUAUUGAAUACGUUUUUACGUUAAUAAAUUUAAUAUUAAGCGAUAAAAAGAAAGAAAAAAGAGAAAGAGAGAGAGAGAGGGAGAGAGAGAGAGAGAGAUAGAGAUAGAGAGAAGAAAUAAAGAAAGUGAUCGUAAACGUUGAUCGUCUCGAAAAAAAAAUAUCCAAUCGCGACGUUCGAAUUCGCGACGUAAUUAAGGACAAUAACGUCGGCUAUCGGCGAGAGAGGAACCACGGAAACACGCUCCGUCCAUCAUGGAUUAAAAAAAAAAAAAAAAAAAAAAAGAAAAAAAUAAGAAGAAAGAAAGAAAGAAAGAAAAAAGAAAAUAAAUCGACUCCUGUCGACGUACACAUUACUACUUCUUUGGUUUUUAAAAAUUACAUCAAGAUUUUUGAAAACUUAUUAAUAGAUCUUACGAAAUAACGCUUAAUACGUAGGCACGCUAGCUAAAGAUUUUUAAACUAGUCUACGCGAUCGAAAGAUCUAUGCGAAUAUUGAAAUAAUACGAUAUAUAUAUAAUUAUAAAAAAAAUAUAGAAUAUAAUAUGUUCUAAUAAUAAAAAAAAAAAAAAAAAAACGUGAUUAUAUAUUAUUAUUAUAUUAUUAUUAUGCAAAAUGUGUUGCAAAAUGUAACGUACACUUUAGUAAUGAACAAUUCAAGAGAUAAUAAUAUAGGUAUGUAUCUAUUUAUUUAUCGCAAUAUUUAUGAUUAGAAUGUACAUAUAUAUAUAUAUAUAAAAAUAUAUAUAUUACAUACAUACAAUAUAAAAUAUAAAAAUAUAGGUGCCAUGUAUGUAAACGAUUAUUAUAUACGUAUGCGAGUACAAUUCAGCGUUCAAGGCUGUUAAGAUCAUUCGGUCUUACUAUGAUGAAUAGCUGAAAAAUAGUAGAAAAUUUAUAGUUACGUAAUUAUGUGUGUAUGCAGGGUGGUUAUGCUAAAAUUGUCGAUAUUUCCAAAUACGCUUAUGCUGUAAUCAAGUUCAACGAAAAAUACAGGACGAUUCGUCGUUAACGUUUGCUAGGUCUCCUUUAAAAAAAUAAUUAUUAAUUAAACAGUUAUACUGUAGCUGUUCUUAACGUUUGUUAUAUUGUAAGAAAUGUUGAAUGGUUCAUUCAAAAUUUCGGACAUUUUUGACGACUUCGAUUAUCGAUAUGAUCUUCGAGCGCCAUCCAACGACAAAACGUCAAAGUUCUUUUAGAAAGCUGCGCCCCUGAUAAUAGGCUACAUUUGUCUAGAAAAUAUCUAUCAAAAAUAUUAAUUUGUAAACAAUUUCUGUCCUUUUUUUUUCUUUUCUUUUUCUUUUUCUUUUUGUUUUGUUUCCCUUUUUUUUUUUUUUUAUUUUUUCCGUUUUAAUUUUUAUAAUAACAAAAUUUUAUAACACAUUGGGAAAAUGUAUUGUCAUGCAAAAUUAACUUUACAAAUAAGAAAAAAAUAAAACAGGAAAAAAAAAAGAAACAGAUAACCAUUACAAUGUCUAAAAAAUAGAAAAACCUUAAGAUAAGACCUAGUAAAAAUAUUUGACCGUAUUUGAAAAUAAAGUAUUUGUAUGUAUAUAUCAGGGAGAUCUUCAAAAAACUUCAAACACUGUAUUAAUUAUUAACAUUGGUUUAGUUAUUAUAAAAAUAUCUUUUCACGCUGUAA